UGUUCUUUGUAAUUAAAAGUGAUUAACACAUAAAUUAAAGUUCUAUCUCUUGCUUUCGCAUUUGAUUGAAUUAAAAUUAUUAGAUUUUCUUAAAAUUUGAAAUUUCGUUCUAGUUGCUACGAAAGCAAACUUUAUUAGAUAAAAGUAUUUUUUCCUAGUUUAGUUAGACGAAAUUAAUCAAAAUCAGCACUAUAGAACUUAGACUCAAAAAUCGUGUUUACUUGUGUAAUAAAUUAUAGCUGUUGCAAUUCACAAAGCUUUGCAUGUGGUUAAUUACAUUAAUCAGUACACGCAUCAAUUUUGUUCAGUCUUUUUGUUUAUUAAUAGAUAAAAAUAUCAUACUAAAAUUGCAUACAUAUUUGUUUGUAUUGGUCUGGGUGUUUUCUUUCCAUAAUUUAUGUAUAACGUAUGUACGGGGCUCUGUAUCGAAAAUCACUAUGAGCAAUAAGCAUCACACACGGUUACCUGGAGUGCAUUACCAGUCCAGUCUUAAAUCCGUUGAUAUAUGCUGCAUCUGCCAUGUUUUUGGCUAAAAGAUUCUUCUAUCUUGCAGUUUAGACUUUUAUUACAGACCUCAGACAGUAUUUUUGGAAAACUUUUACGCAUGGUGGAGGAAGGGACGCUCUAGACACUCAAGUCUAGAAGGAGUCACAUGAACUCCAAGUUUUAAAUCCGUUGACAUCUGCUGCAUCUAAGAUUCUUCUAUCUUACGGCUUAGACCUUUAGCUACAGGCCUUAGACAGUAUUUUUGUGAAAAUUCUUACGCAUGGUGGAGGAAGGGACGCUCUAGACACUCAAGUCUACAAGGAGUCACAUGAACUCCAGUUUUAAAUCCGUUGACAUCUGCUGCAUCUGCCAUCUUUUUGGCUAGAAGAUUCUUCUAUCUUGCAGCUUAGACCUUUAGCUACAGACCUUAGACAGUAUUUUUGUGAAAAUUCUUACGCAUGGUGGAGGAAGGGACGCUCUAGAGACUCAAGUCUACAAGGAGUCAUAUGAACUCCAGUUUUAAAUCCGUUGACAUCUGCUGCAUCUGCCAUCUUUUUGGCUAGAAGAUUCUUCUAUCUUACAGCUUAGACCUUUAGCUACAGACCUUAGACAGUAUUUUUUAUUAUUUAUUUGUGUCAGUGUGCUCUUCUAAAGAGUGUAAGACGAUUGUAUGUAGUAGGUACUAUUAAAAUGUAAUUUUAACUCAUUGGUUUUGUGUCAUAUUUGAGGAAUGUACUAUGUAUCAUGAGUAGAGUCUUCGUUUAAAAGGAUGCGAACGAUUUAAAUUUCAAUAGGUAGACAAAAUUGAUAAUUUUUAAUUAUCAAAAAUUUAAGCUUUCUCCAGCAACACUGAUAUUAUUAUACUGUGACUCAUCAAAGUCAUCAUUGUCAAAAAUAUUGACAAAUCGCGAACUGUCACGGCCAAAAAACUGACACGCGUCCGUCCUCCGUAAGCGCCACCGCGCGACUGAUUGAGAUUGUCCAAGCCGUCAUGGACGAUUUUUUCCACAUUUUUUAACAUAGUAACUAAAUAAGACGCAAUAUAAAAAUUUCAUCCGUUAAAAGCCCUCAAGUUAUUUCUGAACUUUAGUUUAGUAUAAGAUUUAGAACCUCAAAUCGCUUAUUUUAAAAAUAAAACCAUAAAUAGAAAACGAAUAGAGGUAACUUUGGGAAUUUAUUCUAUCGAGUCAACUUCAUCAAAUCGUGUUUCCAUCCGUUAAUAGCCCUAGAAAAUAUCCUCAACUAUGCCCAAUAAAAAUCUUAGCCUUUAAUUUUACUGUUUAGUACCUCAAAAAUGAAAAAUGAAAACCUCAUUUUCGCCAUUUUCUCUGCUACCCGGCCUUAAGAAAUUGCUGUUUUUGAAGACGUUUUAUAUUUAAUGUACGUUUUAUGUACUGCUGUAAAUUAUACUGUGGUACUUAAAACUGUCUCGAUGCGUCUAUUCCAAUUACAUCGAUUCAUUUUGGCGGACGGUCGUGGUGACAGUGGUAUUAUGGCUUGCCAUUCGCAAAAGUGAAUUUUUUUAAAAGCCAUGGGGCGUACGGAGAAAUGUCGUAUGACGCUCGUCAUAGUUGGGAUGGGGUUGAACACUUUUACGGAGAGCUACAUUAUGGGGCACACCGCCCCCUUCGUCGCUGGGUUAUUUGAGGAAAAAGAAGAUUUACAACUCACUGACGAAGUUGUAUCCUGGAUAAUGUCCGUGAUGUUUUUAACAAUGGUGGUCGGCACUUUACUAGCAACUUUAAUCACAGAGAAAGUCGGCAGAAGGCUCACAAUAGUUAUCUUCAACGUCCCAAUAUUAAUACACUGGGUUAUGUUGUACUACGCACGAGAUGGUUAUGUCUUGAUGUUCGCGAAGCUGUUGGCAGGCGUCGGGUUCGGAGGCAAUAUACCAACGACAUACAUGAUGACUGCCGAAUGCAGCUCUGCAAAAAUGAGAGGAUUGAAUCUCGCAAUCAUAACCACUGUAUCCCCUGGAAUUGGGGCGAUGACCGGAUCAUAUGUGGGUAUUGAUGUAGGCUGGAGACAGGCUGCCAUGAUAGCCAUUGCACCGGCGCUUCUAUCUUUAAUUAUUCCCUUCUUCUGUGUCGAAAGCCCGGCAUGGCUGGCAUCCAAAGGUCGAUUCGAGGAGUGCGAGGUGGCCUUCACAUCACUACAUGGAAUAAAACCCUCUGCACAGAAGGAACUCCAGCCAAUGCUUAAUGUGGAAAAAUCUAAGUUUGACAAUAGUGAAAAAAAUGUCAACGCUAUGAAAGUAACUCUUAAACGAUUAAAGGUAGCAGCCACGAAAAGGUACUUUUGGAAUAUAUUGCUUAUAUCAUCUGUACUUAACAUCUACAAAAUGAUUUGCGGUAGAAUAAUUUCUGGCGCUUUUGGGAUACUUAUUCUCCAGAAGAUAACCGGACAGUCGGACGUAUUGCUAUACAUAAUGGUGCUAAAUGUAAUAAGCCUUGUUGGGAGUGGAUUUACGAUUAUAUUGUUAAAAAAGAUAAACUUCAGGACUUUAUUGUUUCCUGCAGGGAUAUUGAACAAUCUGCUUCUUAUUGGAUUGAGUAUAUCUCUCUACUUUAAUUACGAUUAUUAUGAUAACUCUCUAAUAGUUUUGAGUAAUGUUGUAAUGUAUUUUGGUCAUUUAGUCAUAAUAGCUGUGAUUUUGUUUCCGAUUCUGGAAGCUGUUCCCACCGAGUUGUAUCCUUUAGAGAUCCGUGGUGUUUGCAACACCAUCGUAGCCUUCAUCGGUACCGGCUUCUGCUUUUUACUUCUUAAAGUGUCUCCGGCACUGUUCGCACUUUUAGACUAUUAUGGGUUUUUUUCAAUCACCGCCUGUUUAAUGUUCUUUAUGCUCUUAUUUUUUUGGAUAAAGUUACCGGAGACGAAGGGUCGAACUUUAACCGAAAUUGAACUAGACCUUAAAAACAAGAAUCUCGUAAACCCGGAUGACAACAUCUCCAAAGAAGAAACAAAAGAGUUCCUAAGAGUUUAAUGCUAAAAUGUUCAUUUUAUUCUAAACUAGCUUUCCGCCCGCGGCUUCGCGCGCGUGGGCUACAUUAUCUACAUAUUUUACGGAACCCUAUUUUAUUCCAAAAUAAAAUUUAGCCUAUGUUACUCAUGGAUAAUGUAGCUUUCGAAUGGUGAAAGAAUUUUUCAAAAUGGUCCAGUAGUUUUUGAGCUUAUUCAUUACAACCAAACAAACAAACAAACAAAGUUUUCCUCUUUAUAAUAUUAGUGUAGACUGUAGAUAAGUUGGUUAGGAGAAUCUAAGGAAUAGUAAGUAAGGGCUAAAACAUGAAAACUUAACUGCACGUAAUUGUCUUAAUAAUUAUAAUACAUAUAAUAGCUAAUUAUAAUAAAUUGACUUGUGAAUUCCGAUCAACAUCAAUCGGCGGGGGGCCCGACGCCCACGUGCUGCGUGCUACGUGUUAUUCAGUUGUAUUAACGUGAAUCUCUCAAAAAUAACUAGGUUUACGUUACGUUGUACUUAUGCAGUAAUAAAUUAAUUUAAGAUUUCCUAGUUAGGUAAAAUAAAAUAAUGUCUUUGUAA